UCCCCAAUCAUCAUCACAGAUAUUCAACGGCGCAAAACAUUAACAGGUGCAUUGCACUUUUGUACCCUACCGCACCGGAAUAUCCCUAUCUCCCUUAUCCUGCGCACACCGUCACAGCUACUGCAACCGUAAUGGCGGCAGAGCCCGAAACACACCCACCGCCGCCGGAACCUCCAAUCAUCUCCGAACCGGACGCCGAGGCGGAAACGGCGCCGUCGGCUGCAGCAACAACGGCGCAGCCAAUCGCGGAAAUUGCAGGCCAGUCUCCGUUAGCUCCGAAACGGCAACGCCGUCCGAGCGUCCGAUUGGGGGAGAUCGGCGACCAACGCGGCUCCGCACAUGGCCAUGAGUCGCACACACGCCGCCCGAGCAUGCCGCCGUGGAGCUGGCGUACCCCGAAGGAAUCUUCUAGAACAUCGAAAGCGCGCCCCGUGACAAACAUCGCGAACGGCGGCGAAGAGUUCCGAAUGAACAACCGCAGAGGCAAGGGGAAGCGAGGCCCAUCGACUAAGCGGUUGAGGUCGAGUUGGACUCCUAGAACAACAAUGGACGAGAACGGAGACGAAGGGUUUAGGGAUUUCGAUGAGGACCAGAGUCCGGUGCACUCAGUUGAAGAGAACGGGGUGGAUUAUUGGCACAUCGAUCGGAACGAUGAUCACAGGGUUAGGGUUUCGGAAAACGACGGCGUUGAAUCGGAAUCGAGGGAACGGAGGAGGAGCGAGGGAGUGAGGUCUUGGCUUUUUGAGUUAGGGCUGAGUAGGUAUGCUCCUAUGUUUGAGAUCCAUGAGGUGGAUGAUGAGUUGCUUCCCAUGUUGACUUUGGAGGAUCUCAAGGAUAUGGGCAUCAAUGCUGUUGGUUCCAGAAGGAAAAUGUACACUGCAAUUCAGAAGCUUCGGAAAGGGUUGCCAUGAACCAGUUGUAAUGGAAUGGAAUGAAGAUGUAUGUAUGCAUGUAUGUAUUUAUGUGUAGUUUCUUUGUUUUGCUUUUCAUUGUGGAUAGAAAAUGUAUGCAUGUAUAAGAGUUUUUGGUCUAUCUAUAUGGUGAUUGAACAAUAGGGGAUUAGUGACUGUUAUAUUUGUUCUCUUGUUGAAACUUUUUGAUGACACGUUUUCUUUCCAUUUUUCCAUAAUGAAAUGGUGAAUUGAAAUUGCUGAUUUGCGUGGUUGCUUAUGCAAUGCAGUACUCAUAGUCAUGAUAAUUAAGUCUUGAAAUUUGAAGUAUUUUCUCUUUCAUUUUAAGUCUGCAAAUCUGUUAUUUUGAAGUUAUGUACAAUUUAAUCCGUUUGAGCUUCUGGUUAAGCUAAGGAUUGGUUUGUCUUUGUAAAGUCGAAUAUUGUGGAAUCAUGACUUGAAGUAUGUAAAGUUGUCCUAUAAUUGAUGAGAAUGACCUCUCUGGCCAUUCCUUGUAACUUCUGUAUUCGUCCAUUAAUGCCAUGCUAAGGACUAAGGGGAUUUAUACCCUUUUCUUACCUUUUUCUGUCAUUUAGAGCAAGACUUCAAGGGUGUUAAUCUGUUACUUUCUUCUGACUGAUUAUUGAAAAAUGACUCUUCCUUUUCCUCACCUAUGAGUGCUGAUUGUCUUUGUGCCAAACAUUCUGAAAUGCUCCUUCACAUAAUUGACUCACACGAUCCAUGUAGAAGGAUGUUUUAUUUCUGAUUCCACCAUUCCUGGUCCCAUUGACUCAGAUUAUGUUGAUAUACUAAAAUAAAUGGUAUGCUUCAACCAGAUUCAGAUCUUGGCAGUGAAAAGCAAGUGAGAAUAAACAAACAGUUUAUAGUUAUCAGAUUUUAUCCUUAUUCUUACUUUACAUAAGAUUGUAUAUGUAUGACCGAGUUGAGAGACUUUCUUCUUUUAUUUGUUGUGCAUGUGGUUAACUUGUUAAUGAAAUUGAAGUGAAAUGAGGUUUGGUUUCAUUCUCAUUUAAGUUUGAUGGCCGCAUGAUUCAUAUUCUGUCAUGCAACAUUGAGAAGCUAACUGUGGUUUCAAGCUUAAUUACUUUUUGAGUUAAGAUUAAUUUAUAUAUCUUUUUGUGAGAU